GUAUAUAUCAAGCGCAGCUUUCAAUUCCUGCAACUUCCAUAGCCAAAACUAGUUUUAAUUUUGUGCAGAGAAAAAUGGGGAAGGUGAAGCUUGGAGCUACUCCAUUAUCCAAAAACUCUGUCAACCAUUUCAGUCACCCACACCCAUUGGAGCUCACCACCCACCAUACCAAACAAGGCCUAAUAACUCCCUCAUCAUCAUCAUCUUCAUCAUCCUCCCUUUCUUGCUCAGCAUGCAAGCUUCAACUGCUCUCUGGUUCACCAUUCUACGCCUGCAAAACCUGCAACUUCUCCCUCCACGCCGAUUGCUUCAAACUGCAUCGAGAGAUCACUCACCCUUUCCAUAAACCCCACGUUUUCACUCUCCUCCCCAAAGCCCCUUACCCCUUUGGCCUUUUCACCUGCGAUGCCUGCGGGGGAGAAAGCGAUGGCUUCUCUUACCAUUGCAUCCCUUGCGGCCUUGACCUCCACGUCCAGUGCGCGGUUCUCCCGCUUUCUGUAACUCACCAUUCUCAUCACCAUCCCCUUCAGAUCAUAUUCCCCAGUCCUCAUUCCCAGACACAAGUGUUUUCUUGUGACAUUUGUAAGAGUCUUGGGCAGGGUAAGUUCUGGAAGUAUAGAUGCCAUUCUUGCGAUUUUGAUGCUCAUUUGAACUGCACAAAGACUGUUAAUGCUUCUGCCUCUAGGAUUAAUUUAUCUCCUCAGCCUAACUUGGGGUUUAGGCCGCCGCAAGUUCUUCCACAGCAAUUUUACAGGCCUCCGUUGCAGAAUUUGAUGACACCAAACGUGAAUUUGCAGGGGAAUAAUGGUGGUGGGCAGAACUUUGAGGAGUUGGUGAGGGCAUAUGUUGAGAAUUAUUCUCGUCUUUAUCGUGAGCAGCAGGCGGCGGCGGCGGCGGCGAUGGGUGGGGUGGGAGGUGGAGGUUUAAGUCAGUCUGGUAAUGGAGGCAGCUUUCCUGGUGGCGGUGGUGGAGGAGGAUUAGAUUUCUUGCAAGCGUUGAAUGGCGGGGGUGGAGUUAACGGUGAUGGUGACGAGUACCUACGAUUGUUAAACGGCGGCGGAAGUGGUGGGGGAUCGGAUUUCUUGCAAGGGUUGAAUGGUGGAGGGGGAUUAGAUCACUACCUAAAAUUGUUAAACGCCGCCGGUGGUGGUGGUGGUGGUGGAGGAGGAUUUGGUGGAGCUGGAGGGCUGGACUAUUUACAGGCAUUUACUGGUGGUGGUGGUGGCGGCGGCGGUGGGGGAGGAGCUGCCUUGUUGCAAGCGUUGAUGGGAGGUAGCGAUGGCGGCGGCGGUGGCGUAGGUAAUUUGAGCAACAUUCUUGGAGGUGAUGGUGGUGCAUCCAUGAUUAAUACUUUGGCUGGAUUGUUUGGAGGACUUAACUUCUGA